AUUUUUGCGACAUUUCCGGUUGCUGAUGGGUCGUUUUGCUUCACGGCAGUUGUGACAAAACAAGAGUCUCACUAGUGGCUGCAGAGUUAUUUAUAAAGUCAGCCGCUGUUUUCAUCCUAGAGGCGAACAGAAAAGAAAACGACCCGAAUACCGACAACUUUAAGGAGACCCCUCAAGGACAUGACUACAAACACGACGCGAGAGAAACAACGGCACGCUUUCACUAGCCAGCGCUAGCGACCUAGCUAAGCUAACUUAGCCGGAAGCUAGGGGAGCCAGUUCGUCCGCUUUGGUCCCGGGAGGCAACAUGUUUUGAGUGGAAGCGUAAAUAAAUCCGAUGUGACGGACCUCCCCCCGACAGACGGUACCGUGUGUCUCCCGCCCUUCAAACACACGAUGUGGCUCCAGCAGAGACUGAAGGGUCUCCCGGGCUUGUUGUCCAGCAGCUGGGCGAGGAGACUCCUCGUAGGGUUGCUGCUCUUCCUCAUCUUCUACUGGUACCUGGGAGCAGAGCGACGCUGGAGCUUCUUCAGCGGCUCCGUCAUGUCCGGCGGAGCGGCGGGACAGUGUCUCCUGGCGGAGGUCCACAGGUGGAAGUCCCUGGUGGACCGAGGAGAGGGGAUAUGCAGCACGCCUCAGGAACAACUAGACACGCCUUUCGUAUCGGGAAACGGCCACAUUCUUAUCGACAUGGACUCCAACAAGCUGUGGGUAGCCGCGUCGCCGCAGCCCGGCUCGGCUCCGGUCCACCAGACCGAAUACUCGCCGAGAGUCGGCGUCCACCUGGAAGGGAAGCGGGCCGAGGCGCAGGCCACCAUGCUGUGGUUCCGGAAGGGAGCCGUGCUGUCGGUCCGCUGUGCUCUGCAGGCCGCCCGGGACUGCGUCACCAUCAGAGAGGAGUUCAUCGCGCACAGAAGCAGACCCAACGUGUACCUGCAGAGGAUCCACGUUAGCAACCCGUCCGACAAGGCCGCCUCCCUGGACGUCUCCUACGACAACCCGUCCUUUGGAAGCAAGUUCUCCACCAGUGUGGAGAAGCUGGAGGACCGGGAGAUAGUGCUCUCCUCUGGCAGGGUGCUGGUGGAGAAUAACCGGAUGGUGCUGGUGGUGGUGGUCUCCAAGAAGCUGAACAGUAGGAUCCAGGUUCCAGCUAAACUAGAGCACAAAGACAACAUCCUUUCAGUGGUGUGGACCUCGGAGCCCAUCGAGCCGUCCAAGCUGGAGGAGACCUUCAGCACCCUCAGAGAGGGAGCCAAGAAGGAGCUGGGGGAGCUGUUGAGGGCAAACGUGGAUGAGCUGGUUGGAGAUCACCAGCAGGCCUGGAUGGACCUCUUCACUUCAGGGGUUGAAAUGAGGAAAAUCACGGACUCCCACACGCCAUCUAGCCGCACGGUGAACACCACCCUCUACUACAUCCUGUCCUCCUCCACGGCUCCCCUGCUGGAUCGGAGGCUGAGCGGCGAGGACCGCGUCCGCCUCGAGUCCAGCCUCAAGUACGCAGACCACUGCUUCAGCGGCCACGCCACCAUGCACGCAGAGAACCUGUGGCCCGAGCGGGUGAGCAGUGCAGCUCAGAUCCUGCAGCUGGUCACGCUGUGGACCCUGACCCUGCAGAAGAGAGGCUGCAAGGUGCUGGUGGCGGCCGGAGCCCACGGCGCCAUGCAGGGCAUGGUGCUCAGCUUCGGCGGCCUUCAGUUCACCGAAAACCACCUUCAGUUCCAGGCUGACCCGGACGUGUUGCACAACAGCUACUCCCUGAGAGGGAUCCACUACAACCAGGACCUCAUUAACCUGGCAGUGCUGCUGGACGCGGAGGAGAAGCCUUUUCUGCACGUGUCCGUGAAGCCGCAGGAGAAGCCGGUGAAGCUGUACGCCUGUGAGGCCGGCUGCCUCAACGAGCCCGUGGAGCUGACCUCUGAGAUCAAAGGUCACACCUUCCCUGUGAUGGUGACGCAGCCCAUCACACCGCUCCUGUACAUCUCCACAGACCUGCGCCACCUGCAGGAUCUCCGCCACACCCUGCACCUCAAGUCCAUCCUGGCCCACGAGGAGCACAUGGCCAACAGGUAUCCAGGCCUGCCCUUCCUCUUCUGGUUCAGCGUGGCGUCGCUCAUAACCCUCUUCCACCUGUUCCUCUUCAAGCUCAUCUACAACGAGUACUGUGGCCCCGGCGCUAAGCCCCUCUUCAGGAGCAAGGUCGCCCAUAAAAGUGAGGAUGACUGCUGUGACUCCAGGAAUGCUGUUUGAGCGCCGCAGUGCACAUAAUCAAUGGGAGCUAUUAAGUAAGCUCCUGCUGUGAUAAGUCAUUCAAAGAUGACACCUGACAAGAAAAGAGAGACCCAACAGCUACCAGAAGAACAUUCACAGAUCCGCUGUGACGUCACAUUAAAACCAAAUGUAACUGUGACCCACGUUGUUAUUCAUCGGCUUACAAUGACUGUUAGUGGGGUCGGAUCUAGGAGAACGGCUAGGCAGGUACACGGGGCCGUUUGAACAAAAGAUAUUUCAUUCAUCCUAAACUCGAAUCAAUGAUUGAAAAUCACAACACUUUAAGAUAGUGUUGCACCAUCUAGACCCUUCCAACAGGGGGAAGAAUUCUUUAUUAACCUGGAAUUUGCCUGAAUUCUGGAAUUUCUGGUUUGUCUCAGUUGAAGCGUGCGGUUUGACCUCUGGCUGUGCAGUUUGACCUCUGGCUGUAUGAUAUGAAAUCAUAAGCCUUUGGUGUCUUUAAAAAGGCAGUAAAUUAAAGGACUAAACCUGAACGCUGGUCCUUCUUUAGCUUAGUGGUGGAGACGUCAUGUGACCGUGGUGACGUUUAUAUCCAAAGGUGAUCCUCCUAAACAGAAGAUGUAAGUAUCAUAAUUAUUUUGUAAUUAAUCCAAAUAAGGAUGGGAGAAGCAAGGAUGCAACCUCUGGUUGGACGAGAAUACUUUCUCCCUCCAGCUCUCUGUGUGUUGCCUGCUGUCUUUUAUUUUAAGGAUUUGGUUUGCUUUAAUCAAACAAAGUAGCAUGAAGGAAAUGUCUUUUAUGGUGUGAAAUAGAGGUUCAAACCCUGCUGAAGUAACACACACUGUGUGCGUCCUCACAUACGAUUCACACCCCAGUGUCUUCAUUCAUUUAGAUGGCGGUCAAGUCUUGAAAGGAGGAGUGCUUUAUUGGUUUUAAUCUACCUGUCAGUGACUAUCAGUGAGAAGUGUGGCAUUAAAACACAGAUCUGCUUCAUAGAAACAUUUUAAAUUCUGCAUUAACGUAAUCACUGCACAUUGUCUGAUCACAUUGGUGGGUGUGUGGGUUCUGAUUGGUUGUUCCUUUUGCCUCUGACAGAGUAUGAUACAGCGAUUGUAUUAAAUAUGAAUAAGGCACAAGUGAUGUGUUUGAAGACUCUUGGUUCAGCCCUUUCCUUAUGCGGCGUCUUUACUUUAAUGAGAACUACUGAGUGUGCCUUCGUGGAAAAGCUGCUGGCUGCAGCCCGAAUCACUUUAGAUUGUACUUGGUGGUUUGUAAUCAUGUAAAGUUGAAGUUGUUUAUUUUUGUUUUACGUUUGAUGGAAUAAAUCAGUGAAAUUCUGUGAGAUGA